AUGCCCUUGAGGAACGCCCCGGAGAUGUCCCAGGAUUCGCAGUCCAGAUCCUCGUUGGCCGCAGUGGAUACCAGUAUCCGCUGUGACAGCCUCGUCGCCGUAGUAGAUCUCGUGGAGAGGAGGCGAGAUUUCACCUUCCGCUCUCCAUUUGGAAGCCUUUUCCACUUCCGUAUCCACACGGCGUCCACGAUGACUGUGUCGUCGCCGACCCCGUUGACAUGGGCCUUGGCAAAGGACCCGGUGUCCACAAACUGGCGAAUCUCCUCGGAGUCGGCCUUCUCUCGACCUCACGAACGCAUUGAAGCCUCCAAGGAUGGCCACUUUGGCCACGACUCCUUUGAGCUUGGAGGCGGAGGGUGUGUCGAUGAUCUGAUCGGGAAGAUGACAGACGAGGUGCUCGAGUUCAUCAGGAUGGGCAAGAUUUGGUAUGUUCACCUAGGCGCUCGGGGAUCCGUCAGCGCCUCCGAGGCAGGAGAGCUUCUCAAUGGCCUCGAAAAAGCGGAGCUCCGAAGGAUCCGCAACCACCUCCGCACGCACCCCGUCAUCUUCGGCCACUUCACCGGCUUCGACAUCGCCAGGCUUGCCAGACUCCGCUGUUUGAAGGUGACCCAGAAGACUCUCACCAGCUACUACAGCCACAUGGCAGAGUUUGAGGCGUGGGCACGGCGACGGAGGGUAAGCGUGAACUUGAACAACUUGGACCGGCACGUCACUGCAUUCCCCACCUUUCUUUUCGAGGAGGGUGAAACGCAACCCAGCACGGGCGCAUACCUGGUGUACGGCCUGCAACUCCUUCGUUGUCAAGGGCCCAGGCAGGCUUUUCUUCCCAAAAUGGAGAAAAAUGGAGCCGGGCAACAUGCGGCUCCCUGUGCCCGAGGAGUUCGUGCUGGAUGCGGCGACCCUCGCUUUGGAGCAGGACCGUGUCGACAUUGCCCUCGUCAUGGUCAUCCAAUUAGAAACACCUACUUGCGACCCACAGAGUGUGUGAGCCUCACUCGUCACCACUUCGCCAUGCCUGCAGGGAGGCGCUACAAGCACUGGGCCAUUAUCGUUGCUCCCUCUGAGCUGGGUGAGACAACCCAAACUGGUAGCUCUGAUGACUCAGUGCUGGUGGCCGACCUUGAGCUACGACAGGCUCUUGGGCUGUGGGUGCCUUCUGCUUCAGGGCGAGUGUUUCUAAAGCUUUCGCGAAGCCAGCUGGAGCAGCGGUGCAAAAUGGCAUGCCAACAGCUUCGCUACAAGUCGUGCUGCGUGCUGCAUCAUGCCACGCAUCCUUCGCCACAGUGGUGCAUCAAACGAUGUGUGACACAAACGGCGAGACCUCGCUUCCGUUCAGAAGCGAGGCCGAUGGCAGCAAGGAAUAGCGUGACCCGCUAUGAGAAGCACGCGCUGCUCCAACGGCGGUGGACUCAAGCGGAGCCAGACCGCCUGGCGACGAUCACUUCUGGGCGACGAAUCAGGCCAAUGGGGAUCAUUUUCCUUGGAAGCCUGAAUGGCCUCCUCCGGGAAACGGCUGCGAACGGCAGCCAUUUCCGCCGUUUCAGAAACGACUCCGCUCCUCCGGUGUUGCAGGUGGAGGCCCGACUCAACAGUACUUAG